AUGUACAAUCAGAAUCCCUCCAUUACAACUCCAACUGCAAACAUGAAGUCAUGGAGCGGCAAUGAGAUUGCCACAACGAGCAACUUGGCAAAUCGCAAGGUUUACCUCUGGGAAGGAUCCGCAGACACCACCGUGGGCCCUAAUGUGAUGAAUGCGUUGCAUAGCCAGCUUAGCAAUUUCGAUACCUCGGCUGACGUGUCUUAUGUGACGACAAGCGGUGCUGUACACACCUUCCCCACCGACUUCGACGGCACAGGUGACAAUUCCUGCAGCAUGUCUACUUCGCCAUACAUCAGUAACUGCAACUACGAUGGUGCUGGGGCGGUCUUACAGUGGAUGUAUGGCUCCUUGAAUGCCAAGAAUACCGGUAGCCUCACCGGGACGGUGGUUUCUUUUGCCCAAACGGGUGAAUACGGGGCCGCUGGCAUGGACACAACCGGCUAUCUUUACGUUCCUGCCAACUGUCAGAGCGGCUCCACAGUCUGCAAAUUGCAUGUUGCCCUACAUGGAUGCUUGCAGAGCUACAGUAAUAUUCAGACUGACUUUAUUCAGAAUACAGGUUACAACAUGUGGGCGGGUCAGCACAAACUCCCUGGUAACUUCGAUGGCAUAUGGCUGACCUAUCUCAUUCCCCAGAUACUAACAAUAUUAUCAUUCUUUACCCUCAAGCAGUUCCAGACAACACUAUGCACAGCAUCUAGGGAGGCAGUGAGCUAA